AUGGUAUUUGCUGAAGUUGGUUCAAAACAACCGGGCCGCGGGCCCAGGGACGCCCCCAGCUUCGUGGCGCCCACGCCCGCGCCGAGCCCGCAGGAGCGGGCCAAAGCGCCUCUCCCGCCGGGUUUUGUGAAACCACGGCUGACCUACAGCAAAGAGCUGGAACUGAAAACAACCCUUCAGGAGCUACUUAUCUACAUCAUCUUCCUUGCUGAUCUGUGUAUAUUGACGUUCGGAAUGGUGAACACUGACAUGUAUUACUUGAACAAAGUCAUGUCCGAUCUCUUUCUGGAGACUCCUGUGUCCGAGACAGAUGAGGCUAAUUUUGACAGCAUAGGCAGCAUAACAGAUUUCUGGAAGUUUGCAGAAGGUCCCCUCCUGGAUGGUCUGUAUUGGGACACAUGGUACAACAACAAGACAAUACCCGACCCUAAGAACGGCAGCCACAUUUACUAUGAGAACUUGCUUUUAGGAGUAGCCCGGGUCCGCCAGUUAAAAGUCCGGAACAAUACAUGCUCCAUCCAUCCCCUUUUCACUACUUUUUUAAAAGAGUGUUAUUACAAAUACCGCUUUGCUGCUGAAGACAAAUCUGAUUUUGGUCCAAGGAACAAGCCUGAAUGGGUGUACUCAGUUGCCUCCUCCUUAGCACCAUGGCACUGGGGGUCCAUGGGCAUGUACAGUGCUGGUGGAUUUCUGUUCACUUUACCAAAGUCAAAGGAGGAGAGCAUAGAGAAGCUGGCGUUUCUCAAGGAGAACAACUGGCUCACCAGAGGGACCAGGGUCGUGUUCAUUGACUUCUCAGUGUACAAUGCCAACAUAAACCUCUUCUGUGUAGCCAGAUUGGUAGUGGAGUUCCCUGCCACUGGCGGUGCCGUUUCAUCCUCUCAGUUCUACUCUGUAAAGCUCCUCAGAUAUGUCUCAUCUACCGAUUACUUUCUUGCCUCCUGUGAAGCUGUCUUCUGCCUCUUCAUUUUUGGUUUCAUCAUCCAAGAACUUGUGCAAAUGAGAAGAAUAGGAGUGGAAUAUUUUAAAAGCGCCUGGAACUGGCUGGACCUGCUGCUGGUGGCGCUCUCUAUUUUUGCCAUUGCCUUCAACAUAUACCGUACAGUAGAGGUGUCUCUCCUGAUGGACGAUCUUCUGUCUGAUGCAUACGUGUACCCAGACUUCUAUUUCCUUGCCUACUGGCAAACCCACUACAAUAACAUGAUUGCUAUCAACGUCUUCUUUGCAUGGAUAAAGAUAUUCAAGUUCAUAAGCUUCAACAAGACCAUGACCCAGCUGUCCUCCACAUUGUCCCGCUGUGCCAAAGACAUCAUCGGCUUUGCUAUCAUGUUUUUCAUCAUAUUCUUUGCCUAUGCACAGUUGGGCUACUUGAUCUUUGGGUCUCAAGUUGAUGAGUUUUCCACAUUUCAGAACUGCAUUUUUACACAGUUCCGCAUUGUGCUGGGAGAUUUUAACUUCGCAGUCAUAGAGGAAGCCAACCGAAUCCUUGGACCCAUUUACUUCAUCACAUUUGUGUUCUUCGUGUUCUUUGUGUUGCUGAACAUGUUUCUGGCUAUUAUUAAUGACACCUACACUGAAGUGAAGGCUGACUUCUCAGUGAUACCGAGUCAAGAAUUUGAUGUCAGCGACCUCAUUAGGCAGAGCUGCAAUAAGGCCCUGGUCAAACUGAAGCUGAAGUCAGAGAUGGAUGAUCUGUAUCAAGUAGAUGGAGGUUUAAAGAGCACAAAAAGGGUCCAUUCUUCUGUCUCCAAGAUACCCGAUAGUCCCAAGCCUUCCAGAAGAAGCAGCAUGGAAGAAAAGGAUUAUCUGAGCUCACCACAGCUACGGAAGUGGAAGAAAAAGCUUGACCAUAAGUAUCGCUCUUCUGAGGACAAGAUGCCCACCCCAUCUCAGAGCUACAUCUCCCCUCAGGAUUUUCAGCAACUUGCAAAAAAAGUGAUGGAUCUGGAGAAGCAACUGGAUGAGGUUAAUGCAAAGCUGAGUCAAAUUACGAAAUCCACGCCUGAGCCAAAACACUCAGACAGGAAGCUGAACUAGCAAGGAACAAGAGAUGAAGCUUCAGAAGUCACCAGCUGUCAUCUCAGUUUUGGCAAAGCCCUUUUUUAAAAAGGCAGUAACCACAAGUAUCUGCAGAGGUCCUGAGGUUCAGUUCAUUCACCAUCCUCCUAAAGCCUCGCAGAGCCCCAUGAAAAGCAGCGUACACGAGAUGGGGUCCUCUCAAAGUCAAGCCUGUCUCGAGUACAUGUCCGACAGCGCAAUUCUAGUUUAAGGUGUUUACCAGCAGCUGAGGAACAAUCUGUUUCUCCUUGAGCCCAUCAGUUUGGGUUUCUCAUACAUGAAGUGCUAGAUUUUAUUUCUAGUCGAGGAAGGUUUCCUAUCCACAGAGAUAAAUGCUUUUUCAAAAUGCUUCCACGUACACUUAGGAAGUUUAAGUUAUUAGGCGUCAUUGAUUUCAAAAGCUUAAGUAGGAAACCAGGGCAGUAGUGGAUCUAUUUUAUUAAGCCUCAGGAUGCAGAACUGGAUUUGUACGGUUACAGAAAGAGGAGCAAAUGUGGUACUCAAAAUCCAGAGGAGAUCAAUAUCCCCAUACAACAAAAUGCAACAGAACAGCCGCCUUACAAGACCAGGCAAAGAUCACCUGCAGUGAACCCACACACCAACAGAUGCCGUUUGAAAACAGAUUUUCAGGAGGAAAAAAACAAAACAAAACAGCUAUUCUUGUGCUUCCAAAAGUGGCUGCGUUCGCUGGCCAUGAAAACAGAGGUCAGUUGUAGUGCAAGUGAAUAUUAUUUCUGAUCUCAAAAGCAGGUGAUGUUCUUAGGACUUUUUUUUUUUUUUUUUAAAACAUUUUUCCUUUUAGCCUAAUCCUAAACGUUAGACUACUCUGGGUUAAGUACUAAAUGAGACAUCAACCCCCCCCAACUUAUUAUUAUUUUUUUUUUAAACAGGACUUUGUUUUAAAAAAAAAAAAAAGCACGAAAGGAAACUCCUAUACCAGAGUAUGCCAGUAAAGGUUAAGGUACUUUUAUUAUAAAAGUCUAUACAAUGAAUGCCAGACAUAGCAAUGCAGUUCUAUCUGGUUUAGUUAUAUAUAUUUAUAUAUCUAUAUAACCAUAUAGAUAUCGUUUUUACUUGUACCAAAGUAAAACUGUUAUAUCACAAAAUGCCUAGUUCUACCAUUUAUUUAUUGCUCAACAAGGAUGGCACAAAACACACUUGUAGCAUAACUGCCGCCAUGCUUAUCUACGACACUGAAUAAACAGCCAAACACUGCAUAACAAACACAAAGCAGCUGUUAAUUCUGAAUUGGAACCAGUCGGAUCACUCACUCACUUAUAAAAAUAUUGGAAUCAUAUAGAUUUAAGCAUUAUAAAGGAGGAAUAUAUUAUUUAAAACAUUUAAAUAGUGCAUAUUGACAUUUUGCAUGUGGUAUAUAAAACACAAACAUUCAUGUACAACACUAUACAGUACACAUUAGUUUCGAUGUUUGGAUACACCCGUGUUUGAAGACUGAUAGAAAAAGUAAAGUAACUGAAGUGUACAUUGCACAAUGGAGCUGAAUAAAAUUGAUUAAUGGUCUCAAGAUUAGCUUAACCUCACAAUUCUCUAGGGUCCACUAAAAGUCCUUCUGCUGUAUAAGGCAGCAAACUGCCAGUGCUCAAUAGAUUUAGUGCUUUCCUCCAAAAUCCAACGAUUACUUGCUUAUAAGCAGAGUUAAAAAAAAAAAAAAAAAG